GUACACAACGCUCUACUGCCCUCCCACCUCACACAGACUGAGCUGUGCCUUCGCUGUGGAAGCGUUCAUUCCGCUCGAAUACGCAGGGGGAAAGAAAAUUCUACGUACCUAUAGCGAUGCUAACUUCACGACCAAAGCGUUUUUAAUCAGUUUUUUUCGACAAAAAUGCAUUAUGAGAGGAUUCUGAUUCUGAUAUGCAUUUUACAGUCCACUGUUGAAUCUCAGGAUCUUGGACCCAGACUCAUAAUCCGCAAGGAUGACGACGCCAACAGAUUAUGGUACAAAAGAAAUCAGAGCCACACUGUGUUCUUCCUCCCUGAAGGCUCCGAUGACCUGUUCGUUGGUGUUACAGAUGCCAUCUACAGGAUUGACCUGAAGCAGAACAACUUCACACAGAAAUUCUCAUUGAAAACAACUAGAAGAGACUGUGAAGAGGACUCUUGUGAAAAUGUCAUCACUGUCAUGCAGCAGUUUCAAGACAGCCUGUUUGUAUGUGGGACUAAUGGGAUGAGACCCCAGUGUUGGAAUCUGCAUCCUCAAGGCAGUAAGAUUGUUGAAAACUGUGAUGGAGUUGGGAUUUCUCCAUUCAGCCACACUCAGAAUUCCUUGUCGCUGUCUGUAGAAGGGAAUCUGUACGCGGCCGCUCCUUUGCGUGUGAAAGGAGCGAACCUCCAGUUCCGGAGGAUGUGUGGCAACAAAACGAAAGUCUGGAUGUACAACAGCUGGACGGCAGAGCCCACCUUUAUUUUUGCCUCAUGGGUUAGCAGACAAGAGGACCCUCAAAAUGAUAAGAUUUACAUCUUUUUCCGGGAGAAGAACUCAGACAAGAGCCCUGAAGCUGACCCAUGGAUUUCAAGAGUUUCCCAAGUUUGCAAGGUGGAUGAAGGAGGCUCCAAGAGGUUGUUCCAGAACAUAUGGACUUCGUUCCUGAAAGCACGGCUAGUCUGUGGAAUUCCAGCAGAUUCGCUUUAUUUCAACCGUUUACAAGACAUCUUUGUACAACAUGCAGACAACUGGAAACAAAGCCGAGUUUACGGUCUCUUCUCCAGCAGCUGGAACUCCACUGCUGUUUGUGUUUACUCAAUGGAAGAGAUUGACCGUGUCUUCGAGCACUCUGCCUUUAAAGGCUUCUCAGAAGAAAUACCUAAUCCAAGGCCAGGAAUGUGUGUUUCUGACAGCAAGAACCUUCCACUGUCCACCAUCAGUGUAAUAAGAGACCACCCUGAAAUGGAGGACUGGGUUCACCCUAUCCAGCGCACGGCUCCAUUCUAUAUUAGCAGCAACAACUAUACAAAAAUCACAGUGGAUAAAGUCAUGGCCGCUGAUGGAAACUCACACAAUGUGUUGUUUCUCGCUACAGAAAGUGGAAGAAUCCACAAAAUCUUGGAGAAGAACUUUAAACCCUUCGUCAUUUCAGAAACUCGCCUGUUUGACCAAAGUGUGCAAAUACAGUCCAUGAAACUUGUUCCCCAGAAGAAAAAACUGUAUGUUGGAUGUGAAGAUCAGAUAGCUCACGUAGACCUGCAAAGAUGCAAAGACUAUGGCGAGACAUGCGAACGAUGUGUUUUGGCCCGUGAUCCGUACUGUGCCUGGAGCCAGUCACAAUGCGCUCCAGUGUCCCCAGGAGCCAUUCAAAAUGUUACAGAAGGAAAUAUUGAUGUUUGCCACCAAGACAGAAAAGAUGCAAGGAAGAGGCAGAAACGCAGCAGCUCUGCGAACUCAUCCGGCCAGUACGCCGUCCCUCUGAACUUCCCACUGUAUCUGUCUUGCCCCAUAAAUUCCCUGCAUGCCACUUACACCUGGGAGCACAAUCACAAGAGGAGUGAGUGCCACCAGACAGAGUCCAAUUGCCUGCACCUCAUCACAGCCAUGAAUGAGGAGGAUUAUGGGAGUUACGCAUGCAUCUCAAGAGAGCAAGACUACACGGAGGUCAUAAGGGAGUACCAGCUAAAUCCUGUCAGCAUCAACGUGGCACCCCACAUCUCAGCUCUUCAGUCAGUCUGUUCUGUUGUUGCUUCUUUGCUUUUCCAGCUGGGCAUUUAAAGCGAUCGACUCAACUGGAAUCAUAGCUGAGCAGCUUAACUAUCUCCAUUUCAGCCUGGCUCAGGGAGCUUCACAAAUAUGGCAAAAUGUUCUGAGUGAAAUGUGGUGAAAAGUGUCACCCACUGAUCACAAAUUCAGGGAAUGGCUCAUAUUUUAUGUUUGAUAAACACAAGCUGCGGUGCUAAUGUUUGUUGAGGCAAAGUGCUUGAUGUCAACAGAUCUCGUUUCCUCUAACUGGGCUCAUUCAGUGAAGGUCCACUGGUUCACUGAAUUUGAUCCAUGUUUCACUCGAACAUCCGGGUGUUCUGCAUCACAACUGUCCAGUAGAGCAUUGACAUAUUUUGCUAUAAAGGCAGACUAGCAGCAAACUACUGUAUAUUUAAAAAAAUAUUCUAAGGGAAACUUUAUUAAUGUGUAGUUGUGCUUUGCCAGGAAUCUGCUCACAUUAAUACUGAUCUGUGUUUUAGAGUCUUCAUAGAAUGUAAAUACGUAUACAAGGGUCCUCUGCUUAACAUUCAGAGCAAAUUUACAUUUAGCAGAUGUACAGAAUUUGGUCCAACCAGGAUAAGGAGGAAAUGUUUUCAUCAAGAGAGCAAGACUACAGUGAACACUCUGGUUAUCAUGCAGCCACUGUACUGGUUGUGACAGAGCCUGCCUGGUUCACCAUGAAGGUGAAAACAAUAGGGUUUGAAAAAAUGAAGUGUAGAUAUCAACUGAAUUGUGCAGUUAUCAUGUACUUACAGUGGAUGAGUAGCAAUAAAAAGAAGACAGAAGGCAGGUUAUGAGUUGAGAUUUGCCAUUAAGAAUCCAUUUGGGUAUCUCAUUAACUUAGACUACAGGGAAGAAAGAAACAUCUAAAAACCAAGAAGGGAAAAGUUGUUAAAGUUAAAUCAAGACAAAAAUGGUUUAGGUGAGUUUAGGUUAAGUGUCAAUAUUGAAAAUAUAUGACUUUUAGCACUAUGGAGCAUAUGCAAUAAAGUCUGUCUAGUCUACAGAACGAUUUGGGGCUUUACAGAACUGUAAUGAAGUACAGAGAUGUUACAAAUAUUUAUUAUAUCAGUACUUAAGAUAAAAAUGUAUUUAUUUUGAAGCAGAUAUUGGGAAAAGGACGUGUGCAAGCUAUGUCUUUAACAUCCCUGGAAUAAUAACUAUAGAGUUGUCAAGAA